CCUCUCGUCUCUCCUCCCCGAGCUUCAAAACAAACAAACCCUUAAAUAAUUAAAAUCACGAUUCUUCAUAAACUAUUAUAUAAUUUCCUUAUACUAUUGACGGGAGAAGGGGCAUCAGGAUCUGUGGGAGAAUCAAGAAGAUCCAUAAUUUCUCUCCCUCCCCCCCCAAAAUUUCAAUCUAAUGGAAUCUGAUGUUAUCAUCCUCUGCUUCAAGCUGAGCCCUUUCCCUCUCUCCUUCGGAAUUUAGGGUUUUUGCGCCCGCUGGUUUGGCGCUGAAUUCGCUCGCUUCCUCUUUCAUGGUGUAAAAAUGGCGGCUUUUGAUCGUUUCGGCUUUAUGGGUGUGUUGUUGUUAUGGCUCUGGUUGCUGUGUUUCUGCUGUACGGCGUCGGGCAACGUGGUUUUGAUUGGCAGCAACGUUACUCUCUCCUUCAGCGCCAUUGAAGCCAAUUUCGCUCCUGCAGUUAGAGGUUCCGGCGAAUGCGGGUUGCUCUAUCUCGCGCACCCCCUCGAUGCAUGCUCCGACUUGACGAACAAAAUUGAGCGGCUCCCGAAUUCUAGUUCCCCGUUCGUGCUGAUGGUUAGAGGAAAUUGUAGUUUCGAGGAAAAAAUUAGGAGAGCCCAGAAGGCUUCUUUCAAAGCUGCCAUCGUCUACGAUAGCGAACCCGGCCCCCUGGUUGCAAUGGCAGGGAACUCGGCUGGUAUUAAAAUCCACGCAGUGUUUGUUUCUAGAGAAUCAGGCAGGAUUCUUACAUCGUACGCAGGAUCUAAGGACGUGGAGCUCUGGAUAAUCCCGAGUUUUGAAAACUCCGCAUGGUCCAUUAUGGCAAUCUCCUUCAUCUCCUUGCUUGCGAUGUCAGCGGUACUUGCAACAUGCUUCUUCGUUCGUAGGCACCGGAUAAGACGAGAGCGUCCCCGUGCCAACCCACGCAUUCGGGAGUUUCAUGGGAUGAGCAGUCGCUUAGUUAAGGCAAUGCCGAGCCUUAUAUUCACUUCCGUUUUGGAGGAUAACUGCACAUCAAGAACCUGCGCUAUUUGCCUCGAAGAUUACAAUGUGGGAGAAAAGCUCAGAAUCCUUCCCUGUCGACACAAAUUUCACGCUUUAUGUGUGGAUAUGUGGCUCACGACAUGGAGAACCUUCUGCCCUGUCUGCAAGCGUGAUGCAAGGACAAGCACAGGGGAACCACCGGCAUCUGAAUCGACGCCACUGCUCUCUCCUAGUCCAUCAGCAUCCUCCCUAGCCUCCUCCUAUGCUCGAUCGACUGCACUGUCAUCAUCAGCCGUACGAAUCUCCCCAUCGCCAACACCUUCACUGGUCCACACGCCUUCCAUCCCAAACUCCUACUUAAUGUCUCACCAGUCCCUUCGGUCGUACCGUCAAUCUCCUCCUAUGAGCGUGAGCAGAAGCACUAAUGACCUAAGGAAUGCAUCGUCUCAAAGGUCGCAUGGGUCCCACCUGGUCUCUCCGCAUUCCUUGGGCUACCCUUCUAUAUCUCCCCUCAACUCUCGGUUCAUGUCUCCUUACGCACCAAGCCCAAGCAUCGGUUCCUCGAGUUUCAUGGGGUCCAGUCACCAGAACCACCAUGCACUUCAUUGUAGCGAGUCGGCAGCAAGCUUCUCUCCUUUUGCUUCAGCACAUUCCCUUCCUGAGUCCUAGACUCUACAAAGCCCUGGCCCCAAUUCAGUGUGCAAAGAUUUCAAUCAAAAGGAUAAAUAAUCUUGGGAAGAUGCAUUCUCGGAGUGGCUUACGGGAACACAAGGGGAAAAAUGUUGCUACUGCCGAGCUGCGUUCAACGACGAUGAUAGACUCGAGCUGCCCAAGGUCUGUACAUUGUAGCAUUAGCUUCUUGUUUUUCAGGUGAGCUUGGAAGUCGUUGCUUCGGGUUUUUACUGGCUGAGUUACUUAUUAAAAUGAUCGGUGCAAAGUCCAUGAUUGUAAUUUUACCCUUCUUCGGGUGAAUGGAAGUUAAAAAUUAUGAUUUGUACUUCAGCAUAUAUAUGUGAAUGGUCUUCUUGUGGUUGAAUAGAUUGGUUGUAGAGACAGUUUUAACCCCUCCA